AUGGACGGUUUUGCUCCAAAAGACGACCAAUGCGACCGGCUCAAGGCGCCCUCGUAUCUUGAGCUUGUCGUUUCUAUCGUCCUCUUACUCGGCAUUCUCGUGUCCUACCUCCCUCAGCAUUAUCGCAUUAUCUCCCGAGGCACCUCCGAAGGCAUCUCACCUUACUUUGUAUUGCUUGGAACCACUUCCGCUACUGCCGGUUUCGCCAAUAUCCUUACUGUCCCGCCGUCUCGUGCUGCCAUAGGAUGCUGCAAAGAGCUCGGUAGAUUUGAAUGCGCCGCCGGUCUGCUCGGCGUUGCGCAGCUAGGCGCUCAAUGGGUUUGCUUCAGCCUCAUUCUUGUCCUUUUCCUCAUCUUCUUCAGAUAUAGAGAAGCCAAUGUUCCACCAGAGGAUCUUCGUGGCGAUGCUCCCAGAUGGCAGACCGCUGUCAUGGUUGGACUACUCUGUGUCCUCCACGGCCUCAUCGUGAUUAUCCUGACGGGUGUCUUUUUCAUUGCUCUGCCCGAUCAUCUGGUUUUUUGGGCCAACUUCCUGGGAAUCAUGGCUACAGUUCUAGCCGCUAUCCAAUACGUACCUCAAAUCUGGAUGACAUACCAUUUGAAACAUGUCGGCAGUCUGAGCAUCCCCAUGAUGUGCAUCCAGACGCCAGGUGGCUUCUUAUUCGCAGGAAGCCUUUUUGCCCGUCUGGGCUGGGAAGGAUGGAGUACAUGGUUCAUUUACUUGAUCACUGCAUCUAUGCAAGGAUCAGUCCUCUUCAUGGGUGUUUACUACGAAUACAUGGCGCGGCAGCACGGCGGCCAUGCCAACGGCCACAUCGACAGCGCACCACACUCACCUGUGCAAUACUCGAGCGCGCCCCGAAGGCCCCCGCCAGGCAGCAGGACCUAUUCUGAGGGUUGGGAGCGUGGUCUUCCAGGACCUUUCACCGGUCACCCGGAGAGGUACGCGGAAACGGAGGAAGACCUGCACGAUAUCCAAGAGAGAGAAGAGCGUGCCAUCGAGCGGGAGAGCCAACCAUUGUUAAAACCCGGCGGUAUUGGCAACCCUCACAGGACAUACGACGCCACCGCCGAACACUGA